AACUAUUUAAGAAUUGCGGUUCUAGUCAUAUAUUGUGUUCGGGGAUUCCCAAGAAUAAGCUUCUUCAGUUGGUUAACAAAGAAGAAGAUGGACGGUUCAGCUGCAGUGGUUUUUGACGCAUUAACGAAAGAUAAUUAUAAAAGCUGGCGAAUAAAAGCCGAAGCUUCGUUAAGAGUAUCUCACCUGUGGAAUUAUGUCGGAGAGAACGAAAAAUCACCGAAGGAUGCUGAAUUGUGGAUGAAAGAGGAUAAAAUAGCUAAAUCAAAAUUGAUAUUGCAUAUCAGCAGCUCGCUGCUUCCAUUAAUCGAAAAUUGUGCAACUACGCGAGAAAUUUGGUCGAAGCUUGAGAAUAUUUACGGCAAUAAAGAUGAAUUUGAAGCUUCAAUUGAUCAUUCUGAAGCUGAUGAUGAGGAUGCGAUCAUUAAUACUAUUGAGGAAUGUGUCGAAGAUUUAUUUGAUAUCAUCAACAAUUCACCAGAGAAAAAAAUAUCAGAGGAUAAAAAAUCACUCAGUACUACUUUUACCAGCAAUUUACUCUCAAGAUUGAAGGAAAAUAAUGUUGAGAAGAUGCUGGAUGAAAAAAUAAUCAUCGAUGCUGUGAGUGAUUUCAUCGAUGUUAUUGAUCAAUUACCCAAGAUUGAGAUAAAAGAACACACGAAUGACUUGAGCUGUGAACUCAUUGAUAUUUUGCUGGUAAAAUUUGGCAUAAAUCCUCAUAAAAAUGACAACAGUGUAGCAAAAAGUGACGCCGUCAAAAGUGGAAAACCAGAUGAUGUCCAGGAAGAGAAAAUUCCUAAUGAAAUUAGGAGCCAAGAUAAUCCAUCAAAUACUCUGGAUAUUACGACAAAUCAGAGUGAACAAAUUGUGCAAAAAGAAGCAUUGGUAGAGGAUCAAUCAAGAAAAUUGAUUGAGACCUACAGCAAAUUGCCGCUCUCUAAUCAGCAGUUCGAUUACGAGAGAGUGCCUUAUGAAUCAGACGAUGAACCAGGAUACAAGAAUUCAAUGCAUCCAUUGACGCAUCUUAACACUCCACCACCUACGCCGAUUCAUAAAAAACUAUACAAGUGUGGCAUUUGUCGUAAAGAAGGACAUAAUCGAACAACUUGCUUGCUGAACAGGCCGAUCACUUCUGGAUCAAAAUUUGCACAACUCACUGAAACUCCCAAAAGGUCACACAAAUGUGGAGCAUGUGGUAACGAAGGACAUAACAGAACUUCUUGUCCACUGAAUGAAUCGGUUACUUCUGCGUCGAAGUCUCCUGCGCGAGCUAUUGAAAUUCCGAAAAAGUUGCAUAAAUGUGGAGUAUGUGGUGCAGAAGGACACAACAGAACGACUUGUCAGAUGAAUAAACCAGCUGUUUCCGCGUGGAAACUCGAAAGUUACCUACCUGUAACUCCAAAGGUAUAUAAAUGCGGAGGAUGCGGCAAUGAAGGACACAACAUAACAACAUGCCCACGAUUGAAAUCACUUGCUUCAACGCCUAAACCUGCUGCUAUGAGUACUCCUGCCAGAUCAUAUUCAUGUGGAUUGUGUGGAGGAGAAGGUCAUAAUAGAUCAACGUGUUCCCGCAAUUAUGUAACGCCAACACCUUCGGCAAGAGCCUCUCCCAGAUGCAGCACCUGUGGCAAUGAAGGUCACAACAGUAGAACUUGCGGCCGUCACAGUACUUCGUCAUUCGCCGCUUUCAGAUCUUCGUACUCGUCCUUACCUCCCUCACCUUCAUAUUCAUAUCCUUCACUGUCAUUCUCAUCUCCAUCACCAUCUUACUCCGGAGGGGGUGGUCGUAGUUAUACGUGUGGCAACUGUGGUGGUUCAGGACACAAUCGAAGAACAUGCCAAGGUUAACUCACAUUCCAAGGCAUCGACGUAUUAUUUUAACAUCUACAACUGUCAAGUCUAAAAUAAUACUUUUACUUAAUCGUUAUUUUUCUAAACGGUUAUUAGUUCUGUUGUUCUGUCAAGCGUAACAUGAUGCGUUUAAUUUUUUCUCAGUGUUUAAUAGUUAUUGCUUAUUAUUUUUUUUUUUCUUUAACACAUAAUGAAAACAGAAUUAAUAACUCGCAUUGGAAUAGUUUCACGAUUG